AUAAAACAACAAAAAAGGCAAAUUAAUUUAAAAAUUAUGAGAGAAAGCUAUAUUUAAAAUAACAUUAUUGAUGAUGAAGAUGAUGACUUCGAUUUGCUACCAAAAAAUAUUGAUGACUUUCAUGAUGAGUACUCUUCUAAAAGAAUAAUAAUUGAAUCACAUAAACUUAUUUUGACAAAACAAAAUUCCAAAGAUCAAGACCCACACGAAAUACGUAACCAAAGCGAGUUUGAAACCUCUCACAAUGAACAUAUUUCUAAUGAUAACUUUUACAAAGAGAGAAAAUUCACUGAUCAGGCAGAGCUAAAAAGUCUUUUUACUUGCUAAAACAAUAUUAAUUAUAGUUAAAACUACUCUAGUUAUGGUAAUAACUUUCACUAGUCUUGCUAAUAAGAUUACUUUUAGAUGACCUAAUACUAAAGUGAUGAAAGCUCAUUUACAUAGAACUAUAAUUGUAGCUAGCUUAGCAUAUAAUAAAAUUUCUCAGAAAACUUAAUUCAAACCAGCGAGCCUUGCGUAGGAAAUAUUGGCUGUUUGUAAAGUUGCAAUUCAGACUAAGAUUCUAUAAGAUUUAAAAGCACUAAUGAAAGCUCUCAAUAAAGUGAUACUAAUGAAAUUCAGCAUAGUGAAUACUUUGAAGACUAAAAUUUAGAAGAAAAUUAUGAAGAUGGUGAAUCACAUAAAACAGAAGAAAAUAAGCCUAUAAAUAAAAAAGUUUAAAAGAUUUAAAAAUAAAAAUAAAAGUAAAAAACAAUUUCUGAUAAGGGAUCUACUUCUGAUAAGGGAUUAAAAAACUAAAUUAAACAGAUUAGCAAAAGCGAAUAGACAAAAAAUCAUCUCAGAAAUUACAUGCAAAAGUUAAAAUAAAUUAUAAGAAAAAUAAAAAAUGAAGAGGAUUGGCCAAUCAAAAGCAUAAGACAUAUGUUCUAAAAAGAAUUAAAUGAACUCAACAUGAGCAUAACAAAUUUUAUAGUUUAAUUUAAAAAAUUUGCAGAAUAAAUAGACUUAAAAAAUAAUUUUAAUGGAAACCGCUUUAUACAACUUUACCAAAUACCUUCAGAUUUGGAUCAACUAUAAAAACUCUUAAAAUCAUGGUUCAGAGAACUUUCAUUUAUAUUCUAUUCAGAAAAAAUGCCUAUAUAUCUAUUCUUAGAUAAUAUUAGAGUGCAAAAAGAAACAAGAAAAUUAUAGUUAGAUUUAGUACCUUCAUAUCUAAUGAAUAUUAUUGAUCCUAUUACUUUAGGUUAAAACUUUUAGAAAGAUAGGAAUCUUGAAUAAUUUGAAAAAACUAUCAAUUAACUCUACAACAAUCAAAGUGAAAGUAUCUAAUGA